AUGAAGUUUUUUCUUGUGUUCUUAAUAAUAUCGACAGUUAUUAAUGCAUCGUUUGGGUUUCAAAUCCAGAAUCCCGUUAUAACGCUAAUCGAACCGCAGGGAAUACGAUUCGCGUAUCCAGACGAACCAGGAAUCAGUUUGGUGGCGUAUCAUUACAGCAUCAAUGAAGUUGUCAACGGUGUGGAACCAGGCCAGUAUAACGUUGACGUCACUUCACCAACCAAUGGUUGGUGGCUCCACGAAAAUACCGAAGUGUCAGUUGGUACCAACGAUAUUGUAUAUUACUGGUUAUAUGUCUUGCAUGAUGGAACUGGCUAUCAGCUUUUAGAACAACAAUGGUCGCCUAGCGAGGAAAACCCCACCGCCGUACCUGGGCCUGAUCCUGGACCUGUGCCAACGGGAAGCGAGCCUGGAGUACCAGAACCACCUCCACCACCAGAAAACACUGCUGCACCCGGAGAAUAUGUCGUUACACAGCCAUUUAUCUCAAUUAUUUUUCCCCAGGGACUAAGAUUCGCAUAUCCAGAUGAGCCCGGUAUUAGCCUGGUUUCCUAUCAUUAUAAUAUCAAUGAACCGCUUGAAGGGGUGAAUGCUGGUCAAUAUAACGUCGACGUCAAAGAGCCAACGGCUGGUUGGUGGCUCCAUGAAAACUAUGACGUUAAGUUGGUGGAAGGUGACACUGUCUACUACUGGUUAUCAGUGAUUUACAAUAACCAAGGAUUUGACCUUUUAGAGCAAGAAUGGUCGCCACAAAGGCCAACCACAACUACCCCAGCUCCUACUACCACAACCGCUGCGCCGACGACAACGCCUCCAUACACUGGUCCGACCACAACACCACCGACGACCACCCCAUACACGGGACCUACCACAACCCCACCACCUCUUCCAACGGAUGAACCCGGAGAAGACCCUUGUGGGACUUACCCGUGUGAUCCAGGAUGCGAUAUGGAUGUGCCACCGUGCAAUGGAUUAAUUUUUGAAGACGAUUUCGAGAAGUUGGACUUAACCAAAUGGCAGCAUGAAAUUACUGCUGGUGGUGGCGGAAAUUGGGAAUUUCAGUUAUAUACUAACAAUCGUUCGAAUAGUUAUGUCCGUGAUGGCGUACUAUACAUCAAACCGACCUUGUUAUCGGAAACCUACGGCGAUGACUUCAUCAUGACUGGUUCGCUUGAUAUAUGGGGCGCAGCCCCUGCUGACAUUUGUACAGGCAAUCAGUGGUGGGGAUGUGCAAGACAGGGAUAUGGAACAAAUAUCAUAAAUCCCAUACAAUCAGGCAGACUUAGAACGGUUAAUAGUUUUAAUUUCAAGUAUGGUAGAGUGGAUCUAGAGGCAAAGAUGCCAACGGGGGAUUGGAUUUGGCCAGCUAUUUGGAUGUUACCGGCACAAAACCCGUACGGACAAUGGCCUGCUUCUGGUGAAAUGGACAUCGUGGAAGUACGAGGCAACACUCAGCUGUACGACUCUUCUGGUGUCUCUGUUGGUGUCGAUCAGAUGGGAAGUACAAUGCAUUGGGGCCCGUACUGGCCAGAAAAUGGAUACGAGAAAACACACGUCACCAGGUUUUAUCUGGACGAUGAGGAGCUGAUGCACGUAGAUCCAGGUGAAGGGGGAUUCUGGGAGUAUGGUGAUUUUGACAAGAACUUGCAGGAUGCCGACAACCCAUGGCGAGGAGGAACAAAAAUGGCUCCUUUUGACGAAGAGUUCUAUAUUAUCAUGAACGUGGCUGUUGGGGGCGUAACCUAUUUUGACGACUCCUUUACCAACUACCCGCAUGCCAAACCGUGGUUGAACGACUCGCCUCACGCCUCGUACGAUUUCUGGAUGGCGAAGGACCAGUGGUACCCGACGUGGAACGACGAAGAAUCUGCAUUGCAAGUGAAACAUAUUCAAGUGUGGGCGUAUGAUGAAGAAUAA